AUGGUUUCCAUCAAGUCCCUCCUCGUCUGGGCCGCCGCCGUCCUGCCUUUCGUUGCAGCAGUCCCAGUCGACCAUCCAGGUUUCCUCAAGAUCCGCGCGUUGGAAGACACCGCAGAAGUCAUCCCAGGGAAAUACAUCGUCGUCUUCGAACCCUCCGUCAGCGCCGAAGUCGUGGCCGCCCACGAGGAAAGCCUCGUCAAGAUGCGCAAACGCGACAUCAUCGCCGACGUCGAGAACACUUACUCCGUUGAGGAUUUCAAGGGUUACUCCAUCUCCACCGACGAGGCUACGAUCGCUGAGAUUGCUGCUUCGCCUGAGGUCGCUUUCGUAGAGCCAGAUCAGAUGAUGUACACUUCCGCCCUACGCACCCAGACCGGCGCCACUUGGGGUCUAGGACGUAUCUCGCACCGCGCUCCUGGUACUACUACCUACAUCUAUGACAGCACUGCCGGCGCCGGAACCCGCGUCUACGUCGUCGACACCGGUAUCCGAACCACCCACUCUCAAUUCGGCGGCCGUGCCAUCGCAGGUGCAAACUUCAUCACCACUGAAUCUGCCACCGACGGAAACGGCCACGGCACGCACUGCGCCGGUACCAUCGGUGGUUCAACUUAUGGAGUCGCCAAAGCUGCCACCAUCGUCGCCGUCAAGGUCCUCAGCUCUUCUGGUUCAGGCUCCAACUCCGGUGUCAUCGCCGGCAUGAACUGGGUCGCUUCGAACGCACAAUCCCUCGGUGUAUCCCGUAAAUCCGUGAUGAGCAUGUCCCUUGGUGGAGGCUACAGUGCCGCGACCAACAACGCUGUGAACGCUGUGUACAACUCUGGUGUCACCGUAGUCGUUGCCGCUGGAAACGAGAACCAGCUUGCGAGCAAUGUCAGCCCGGCUAGUGCUGCGUUGGCGAUUACGGUUGGCUCCAUUGGACAGACUGAUGCGCGAUCUAGUUUCAGUAACUAUGGUGCUGCUGUUGAUGUCUUCGCGCCUGGUGCGGGUGUGUUGAGCUCGUAUGCUACUUCUGAUACUGCUACUGCUACGUUGAGCGGGACUUCAAUGGCCUGCCCUCACGUCGCUGGUCUCGCCGCCUACCUCAUCGGUCUUGAGGGUCUUGCAUCCCCAGCGGCCGUCACUUCUCGCAUCAAGGCUCUUGCUACCACUGGUCGUGUUACCGACUUGCAGGGUAGCCCCAACCUUAUCGCCUACAACGGUAACGGUGCCUAA